CGCCGUCUUACAGUGCGCAAGUCGGUGGGCCUGGACCGAUGGCUGAACUGCAGAGCACAAUCACGGAACGAUGCGUGGACGAGGAAAACCGCGAGUCCACGCGGACAUAUACGCGACAUCGCUUCCUUGGCAAGGGCGGGUUUGCCCGAUGCUACGAGGUGACGUGCGACACCACGGGCGCCAAGUUUGCCGGAAAGAUCGUGGAAAAGCAGAGUUUGGUCAAGCCUAAGGCACGUCUCAAGUUCACGUCGGAAAUCCGCAUCCAUCGGACGCUCCAGCAUCCACGUGUGGUGCAGUUUAAGCAUUACUUUGAGGACGACGCCAACUGCUACCUGUUGCUCGAACUGUGCACAAACCAGAGCCUGUCCGACUUGUUGCGUCGACGGAAGCGCUUGUCCGAGCACGAAGUCCGGUACUACAUCCACCAGCUCAUCCAAGGCGUGGCAUACCUGCAUUCAAAAUGCGUGAUCCACCGCGAUUUAAAGCUGGGCAAUCUCUUCUUGACCACAGACAUGCAGCUCAAGAUUGGCGACUUUGGGCUCGCGUCGCAUCUCGAUUCCCGCGAUCAAAAGCGGCGAACCAUGUGUGGCACCCCCAAUUACAUUGCCCCCGAGAUCCUCAACGGUCAUCAUAACAAUGGCCACAGCUUCGAAGUGGACAUCUGGUCCACGGGGGUAGUCAUGUACACGCUGCUGGUGGGGAAACCCCCCUUUGAAACCAAAGAUGUCAAGCACACGUACAAGCUAAUCCGAGCCAACGACUAUGCGUUCCCGUCCGACGUCGCCCUCUCAGCUACCGCCAAGUCACUCGUGAUGGACUUGCUACAGAAAGACCCGACGCGGCGCCCGUCGCUAGCGUCGAUUCUCAGCCAUCCGUUUCUCCAAGAACAAUCCAUCCCAUCCCAUCUCCCCGACACCGCCAUGUUCAUAACCCCUAGCUCAUCUAUGCCGGGGGGUCGACAUUCAAGACACCACCAUCGGUCGCCGCUGGCCCCGCUCGAUGUCCAUCUUCGACCCGCCAAGCCGCCAACCGCCGCCAUCCUCGCCCUGCCGCCAUCGGCAUCAUCGGCCAUCACCUCGCAAAAGCAACCAUUGCCGCCAAUGUAUCCCGUGGAUCUCCUUGACGAAAUCGUCGAGAACCUCACCGCGGCAUUCUACUACGUGGCUUCCGCUGACGGGGAAAACCGCGUGAUCGGACAAAGCCUUUUGCAAGCCAAACUGCGCGUGAAUAUGGACGACGACGACACAUUAUCCCCAGCCUCACUGUGGGUGCUCCAAUAUGUGGAUUACACUGCCAAGUACGGCCUAGGCUACGUUCUCUCCAACCAGUGCACGGGGGUGUACUUUAAUGACGCAACCAAGAUCAUCGCAAGCUCGACAAUGUUUGGGUAUAUUGAUCGGUCACCAGAUGACCAAGCGUCUGAAAGUCCCCAGCAAGUGCACAGUCUAUCCGAGUACCCCGUGGACUUGACGAAAAAAGUCACAUUGCUCGGCCAUUUCAAAGAGUUUAUUGAAGGGGAAGAGACCGAAGAGUCGAAAUGCCUCCAGCGUAACUUGCUAUUGGACUUGCCCACGGUACCCACACCCAUGAUAUACGUGUCCAAGUGGCAAAAGACGCGCCAUUGCAUGAUGUUCCGCCUCUCGAACGGCACCGUUCAAACCAACUUCUUUGAUACGACCAAGUUACUCUUAAGCCAUGGCGGCAAGCAAAUCACAUUUGUGGACAAGAGCGGGCGGAUGCAUGCGACGUCGCUGUACCACGCCAUAUCGUCGCGCGCGCUCCCUGAUUUAUUGAAACGAUUGAAAUAUGUAAAAGACAUGCUGCAGCAAAUGGUCCACAAUGCCAAAGCGGCCUAAGGCGAUCAAGUGCAGUUGUGAUGUGGCGGACACACAUUAGUAUGUACUAGUAACUACUAGAAGAACAAAUCACCAAACUCCACAAGUCAUUCAAGAGCUCUACUAUUAAUAACGUUAUCUCGAACAGGUUCCGUAAUAUUCAUGACUAGUAAAAAACAAAAAACGGUAUCUCCA